AUAAUCUGGCAACCGUGCAUGAUCAGCAGAUCAGAUCAGACAAGACCAAGACCGUGUGGAGAACUGUCACAACAAACCUUCGCAAGGCGGUGGAGGGAGUGAACUGUGGACUAUGGAUCCCCUCUGUAUUAAGGUCAGGUGAUCAACUAUUACUGGAAGAUGGCAUUUGUGCUCCCCAUCAUCGCCUUAUUAUGUGUGCUUACCCGCGGAAAUGACGGUGCCGCUGCAGGUGACACCCCUCCUCUGAGUCACCCGCAACACUACGUAGUAAGCCAAGCCUCAGAAAGACCCUUAUUUAAUGGAUAUGUGCCAGUGCCACAUCUAAACAAGCAUAAUGACGACCAGAUUCUCGAAGGAAGAGACCAAGAGCGAGGCCAUGGGCACAUAGUUUCCCAAGUGGACUUGGUGCGGAAGGCGAAUAUGACCUCCAGAACAGGCGGCGGCUUCCACGGCACCAUUCACUCUGUCGUCGUCGAAGGAAAGUUUGGAGUUCCUCUCACACAGAAUAUCAACCAGACUUUUGAGUAUUUGUUUGAAUUCACCUAUAAUGCAUCGAUGUUAGAGUCAGAAGCAGUUCGGGUGACAGUGAGCAGCCCUAAGAGUGACUACACCUAUCCUCUGUUGGUGGUGGUAAGGCAGCAGCGAGGGGUUCUCUCCUGGCAGCUGCCUCUUGAGCCACCCCCAAACACUCAGAUUUUAGAAGAAUACUACACUGUAUCUCACACACUGUGUCCAGUGAAGAACUACAAAGUGUCAUAUCAAGGCAAUCUUGACACCACUCAGCGACUCUUUAUUGAUGUAUCCACAUCUUCAGCAACCAACUUGAGCUUUACAGUUUCUGCAGAUUUUGUAACAAAAUUCCAGGUUGAACUUCAUAAUAAAAGAGUGUUUGAUGUCACACCCUCUGAACCCAUGUUUUAUGAAUUCAAGUUUCCUGAGCAUGUUGACAUGGUGCUGGUGAAGGCCGUUGCUCAAGAUGACUUUUGUGCCAUGGUUGCUAUCCAGAAUAUUACGUGUCCAGUGUUUGACAGUGAAGAAAAUGUACAGUAUGGAAACUACUAUCAGACAAUGACUUUCCAAGCAGGUAUCACAGUGAGGAAACUGGAUUACCCAGAUGGACUGUAUGUGAUAGUAGUGGUGCUGUCAACUGAUGAGGCUUGUUCAUCUUCCUUUCAACAUGUGUAUCGCACUCGCCAAAAGACAAUAACACUCACUAUUGAAGAGAAGAGUACAAAGCUAGAAUAUCUUGGUGCCAUCUUUGCUGGGCUUGGCUAUUGUGCUCUCUUUUAUAGUGUAGCCUUGAUUUUGGCCUGCAUUUCAUGUAUCAGAGAAAAACGUAAGCAAGCCCAUGCUCAUAGUCCCCUGGAUGAUUCAAGAGAUCCUGGUCACCAAGGAACAACUUCUUAUGGAGCCGUUGCUGGAAAUGCAGAGACCAACAGCACAGCCUCAGACUCCUCACUUGAUGAAGAUGACAUCGAUAUGCUUACUGAUGCAGAGAGUGAAAAAGACAUUUUCAGAACCAAGACAUUCUUAUAUGUGAGUGACUUGGCAAGGAAGGACAUGAGAGUUCUGACUAAAAAGUCUCAGCUCUACAUCUGGGGUCUGUUGACAGUUGGGAUAUUUUAUGCUGUACCUGUCAUCCAAUUGGUGAUAACAUACCAAAAGGUUCUGGAUGUGACAGGAAACCAAGACCUCUGCUUCUACAAUUUUUGGUGUGCUCAUCCCCUUGGCCCACUCACCGACUUUAACCAUGUCUUUUCUAACAUCAGCUACAUUCUUUUUGGCAUCCUCUUCAUAGCAAUAUGUGCUCGCAGGAAUCACCACCACAAAUUGGCUGCAAAACUUGAUUAUAAGAUUGACAAGUACUAUGGGAUUCCUCAGCACUUUGGCCUUUUUUAUGCCAUGGGUGGAUCUCUCAUCAUGGAGGGCUUCCUGAGUGCAUGUUACCACAUCUGUCCUAACAAUUCAAACUACCAAUUUGACACUUCAUUCAUGUACGUGAUCUCUGUACUGUCCAUGUUGAAGAUCUAUCAAACUCGCCAUCCAGACAUCAAUGCCAGUGCCAGUGCUACUUAUGUGGCAUUGGCUGCUGCUGUCCUGCUGGGAGUGAUUGGGGUCUUGUCUGGCACACUCCUCUUUUGGAUCUUAUUCGGCCUAAUUCAUGUCAUUGCCUGUUUCCUGUUGUCAUGCCAGAUUUACUACAUGGGCAGGUGGAAACUUGAUAUUGGAGUCAUGAAACGUAUCAAGACUUGGUUUUUAAGUGAAAUCAGUGACCGUCGGCAGAUCUGCCGACCUAUGUACUGUGAUCGCAUGGUGCUGUUGUUGCUGGGCAAUGUAGCCAACUGGUGCCUAGCUGUUUAUGGCAUGGUUUCCACACCCAGGGACUUUGCAUCUUACCUGCUAAUUAUAUUUCUCACAAAUCUUUUGCUAUAUAUUGCAUUUUAUAUCAUUAUGAAGUUUAGACACGGAGAACGCCUCCUCCUGCAGCCAGUAUUCUAUAUGGUGCUGUGUGCAGUUGGUUGGGGGGCAGCAGUAUACUACUAUACUCAGCAUACAACCACCUGGGAGCUAACUCCUGCACACAGUCGCCAGUAUAACCAGGAGUGUGUCUUGUUGCAUUUUUAUGAUACACAUGAUAUUUGGCACUUUUUGUCUGCUGGAGCAAUGUUCUUUGGAUUUAUGCUCCUGCUGACGUUAGAUGAUGACUUGAGCGGCACUCCUCGAGAAAAGAUUCCAGUCUUCUAAUGUAGUAUUUUGAUACAGUAGAGUUGAUUUAUUAUUAGAUUAUAUGACUGUUCCUGAGGUUAACACUACUUCCCUAAUUUAGUCCCUUAGUGACUAAAAUCCACAGAGAUUCCAAGAUACUGAGAAACAUAAAAGUACCUGUGUAUAAUGGGCGUCUGCAUGUGUGUGUAUGUGUGUGUGUGUGUGUGUGUGUGUAUACAGAAAAGUCCAUUAGUACAGCUUACAGUGGACCAGCCAAAUGCCAGAUUGUCAUUUAUGCCAGAAUAUUGGAUGGUAGUGCACGCAUGAACAAGUAGAUAGUACUUUAUUUUGAGGGGAAGGAGGGUUCUGAUCCCUCUUUGUCAAUGUAGCACUGUAUGUUUGUACUGUUGUGAGUUCCAGAGCUGGAUGGCUGUGAUAAGGAAGGAGUGGGAGGAAUGAUAUGUUUUUUCCAGUAGUUGAGAAAGCAAAUAUCAGCUGAGUCUGUUCCCACCCCUCAUGUUAAUAAAUCUUAGUGAUAAGGAAGGAAAAAAGUUUGAAUGAACUAGAGGAUGUGAUGAAAAACAAGCUGCAGUUAACAGGUGGACAAUACAGCUGGUGAUUCAGUGUAUAUACCACCCAGACUUACCUGUGGUAAACUCUCCCUCUUAUUUAUAUAAAGGGUGUGAUAUCAACUCCGUAACAUAUUCUCAAAUGUGAAAAAAGAUCUUAUUCUGAGUAGAAUAUCUUCCAUAAGAAUACUCUUAUUGUAUCUAGUGCUAAGAGAGCACGCUACCAUUGAGUAUAGCGCCUGCCCAGCCCUAGACACUGUAUGGUGGGGGCAAGAGGGAAUCACUUGUUCCAACAUGUUUACCCAUAUGCCAACCAAGGGAAAAACCAGAUCAUCUCUGGCCGGAUCAUAAAAUGGCCAAUGAUAAAAUGGAUACAACGAUGAAUCAAGCACUUGGUCUUGGAUGGGCUUGGGAUGUGUGUCCACACACAUAUCUAACCCAGCUACUCACAAAUCAAGACCCAGACCAGCCAUUUUGCACAUCAUUGUAUCCAUUCUAACACUUAACCACCAUAAAAAUGAACACUUGGGUGUGCCAGUGAUUGGUGACUGGAUCAACAAGCUUCUACUGAAUGUAUAACAUAUUUAUAAAAUUGUACAUUAUCAUUGUUAAUCAGUCAUCAGCAUAUGAUUACUAUGAUAAUAUGUAAUAAAGGUCAUGUACUAUAUCUUUACAACAGGAGUAAGCUACCUGAGAAUUUAGUUUACUUGUAUGUUGUCAGCUGCCUUGACCCCGCAGCACCCUUGCACUAACUAUGUGCACUGGUUUGUUUUAAUUUUCCUUGGUGCUGAACAGCAAUCAAACAGAAUCUGAAUGCAAAAGAUUUCAAGAAUAUGUUGCUGCUAAGGAGGGGCAGGCACACUGGUUGGCUUGACAGGUGGAUACUCAAUGAGUAUGUUCCUUUCUCACUUGUGACAUUGCCUCAUUCCUGAAGGGAAUUUUAGGCACUGGUAAUAUUGCAUAAAUACUUAUUCACCUUUAUAAAUUAUAUAAAGUCUAGACCUUUUUGGUUCAUUUUCAAGGCAAAGGGUUAGUAAGAGAAUCUAAACCCUUCUACCAAGUUAAUGAAUUAACUUUGUUCUUCAUAUUUCUUAUCUCAAUUUUGCAAAAAGUACCAUAUACAUAUGUAAUUUGUAUUGUUUAAAAACUCAACCAAAAUUGUUAUUGAUUUUUUAAUUGUGAAAUACACUGUAACUAAUUGCUGGAUACAUGAUGUACCUUAACAUAUAUAAUUAAGUAUU